GGUCUGAUUUUCAUGUUACACCUCACACUUUCACGUGUAGCGCAAACUUCCGUUCACAGUGUUUUUGCAGAGUGACUGCGGCAUGUAUGAUGGUUUCCCAACUUAUAUUAUAUUAACCGAGUUCAUUGCCAUCUAAUCUAACAGCAGAAAUGCUGCAAGAGGAGUUUGGGGAGAUGACUCCCCAGCAGCUCGCUGCUCCCGUCCAUACUGUGGAGGAAAAGUGGAAGCUGCUUCCAGCCUUUUUGAAGGUUAAGGGCUUAGUAAAGCAGCACAUUGAUUCCUUCAAUUACUUCAUCAAUGUGGAGAUAAAAAAGAUCAUGAAGGCGAACGAGAAGAUCACGAGUGAUGCUGACCCAAUGUGGUAUCUGAAAUAUCUCAAUAUCUACGUUGGCAUGCCUGAUGUAGAAGAAAGUUUCAAUGUAACCAGACCAGUGGCACCACAUGAGUGUCGUCUGCGAGAUAUGACAUACUCAGCCCCUAUCACUGUGGAUAUAGAGUACACCCGAGGCAGCCAGAGAAUCAUUCGAAAUGCUCUCCCAAUUGGAAGGAUGCCAAUAAUGUUGCGAAGCUCCAACUGUGUCUUGACAGGAAAGACCCCAAUGGAGUUCUCUAAGCUCAAUGAAUGUCCCCUGGAUCCAGGUGGUUAUUUUAUUGUGAAAGGGCAAGAAAAGGUCAUUCUCAUUCAGGAACAGUUGUCCAAGAACCGCAUCAUUGUGGAGCAAGAUCGCAAAGGUGCUGUGGGAGCAUCGGUCACCAGCUCUACACAUGAGAAAAAAAGCAGAACCAACAUGAUUGUGAAACAGGGCCGCUUUUACCUAAAGCACAACACCCUCUCUGAAGAUGCACCUAUCGCUAUCAUCUUUAAGGCCAUGGGAGUGGAGAGUGAUCAGGAGAUAGUUCAGAUGAUUGGCACGGAGGAACAUGUCAUGGCUGCAUUUGCUCCCAGUUUGGAAGAGUGUCAAAAGGCCCAAAUAUUCACCCAAACUCAGGCUCUAAAAUACAUUGGUAAUAAGGUGAGGCGUCAGCGCAUGUGGGGCGGCCCUAAGAAAACCAAGAUGGAAGAAGCCAGAGAGCUGUUGGCCUCUACCAUCCUCACCCAUGUUCCUGUAAAGGAGUUUAACUUUCGAGCUAAGUGUAUCUACCUCGCUGUGAUGGUACGCAGAGUGAUUCUCGCUCAAGGGGACAACAAGGUGGACGAUCGAGAUUACUAUGGAAACAAACGUCUUGAGUUGGCUGGUCAGCUCCUGUCCCUGCUGUUUGAAGAUCUGUUCAAGAAGUUUAACUCAGAACUGAAGAAGAUCGCCGACCAGAUCAUCCCCAAGCAGAGAGCAGCUCAGUUUGACGUGGUGAAGCAUAUGAGACAGGACCAGAUCACUAACGGCAUGGUUAACGCCAUCUCUACUGGUAACUGGUCUCUAAAGAGGUUUAAGAUGGACAGGCAGGGUGUGACUCAGGUUCUCUCCCGCCUCUCCUACAUCUCAGCCUUGGGCAUGAUGACCAGGAUCUCCUCUCAGUUUGAGAAAACCAGGAAGGUUAGCGGUCCCCGCUCCCUCCAGCCCUCUCAGUGGGGCAUGCUGUGCCCUUCAGACACACCUGAAGGAGAGGCUUGUGGUCUGGUGAAGAAUCUGGCUUUGAUGACCCAUAUCACCACUGACAUGGAGGACGGGCCUAUCAUCAAGCUGGCAUUCAACCUAGGAGUGGAGGAUGUCAACCUUCUAUGUGGAGAGGAGUUGUCCUACCCCACGGUCUUCCUCGUCUUCCUCAAUGGUAACAUUCUUGGAGUGAUCAGAGACCAUCAGAAGUUAGUCUACACUUUCAGACUAAUGCGAAGAGCUGGUUUUAUAAAUGAGUUUGUGUCCAUCUCAACCAACUUGACCGAUCGCUGUGUGUAUAUUUCUUCUGAUGGGGGCCGUUUGUGCAGACCCUACAUCAUUGUGAAGAAUGGACAGCCAGCUGUGAAGAACAAACACAUUGAGGAACUGUCUCAGGGCUACAGAACAUUUGAGGACUUUCUUCAUGAGAGUCUGGUGGAGUAUCUGGAUGUAAAUGAGGAGAAUGACUGUAACAUUGCUUUAUAUGAGCACAUGAUCAGCAAGGACACGACCCAUUUGGAGAUCGAGCCGUUUACGCUGCUGGGGGUCUGCGCUGGUUUGAUUCCUUACCCUCAUCAUAACCAGUCCCCCAGAAACACCUACCAGUGCGCUAUGGGCAAGCAGGCUAUGGGUACCAUUGGUUAUAACCAGAGGAACCGUAUAGACACCCUGAUGUACCUGCUGGCGUACCCACAGAAGCCCAUGGUGAAGACGAAAACCAUCGAGCUGAUUGACUUUGAGAAGCUGCCUGCAGGCCAGAACGCCACUGUGGCUGUAAUGAGCUACAGCGGGUAUGAUAUAGAAGAUGCCCUGGUGCUCAAUAAAGCAUCUCUUGACAGAGGCUUUGGUAGAUGUUUGGUAUACAAGAAUGCUAAGUGCACCUUGAGGCGGUACACUAACCAGACCUUUGAUAAGGUGAUGGGUCCAAUGCUGGAUGCCGAAACACGCAAGCCCAUUUGGAGACACAGCAUCCUAGACGCUGAUGGCAUCUGCUCGCCUGGUGAGAAGGUCGAGAACAAGCAGGUGCUGGUGAAUAAGUCCAUGCCCACUGUCACCCAAACUCCACUGGAGGGCAGCGCCCAGCCAGGCCAACCCCAAUACAGAGACGUGCCAGUCUCGUACAAAGGAUCAACAGACUCCUACAUUGAGAAGGUGAUGAUCUCCUCCAACGCAGAGGACGCCUUCUUGGUCAAGAUCCUGCUCAGGCAGACACGUAGACCAGAGAUCGGAGAUAAGUUCAGCAGUCGACAUGGGCAGAAAGGUGUGUGUGGACUGAUCGUUCCUCAAGAGGACAUGCCCUUCUGUGACUCGGGAAUCUGUCCUGAUAUCAUCAUGAACCCUCAUGGUUAUCCCUCCAGAAUGACUGUUGGGAAGCUGAUUGAGCUGUUGGCUGGGAAAGCCGGGGUGCUGGAUGGCCGUUUUCACUAUGGCACUGCUUUCGGGGGUAGUAAAGUGAAGGACGUUUGUGAGGAUCUGAUCCGCUAUGGAUACAAUUACCAGGGCAAGGAUUAUGUCACCUCAGGCAUCACAGGGGAACCUCUGGAAGCAUACAUCUACUUCGGUCCAGUCUAUUAUCAGAAACUGAAGCACAUGGUGCUGGAUAAAAUGCAUGCCAGAGCACGUGGUCCGAGAGCGGUACUUACUAGGCAGCCCACUGAGGGUCGUUCCAGGGAUGGUGGUCUCCGUCUGGGAGAGAUGGAAAGAGACUGUCUCAUUGGUUACGGAGCCAGCAUGCUGCUGCUUGAGCGGCUGAUGAUCUCCAGUGAUGCUUUUGAGGUGGACGUGUGUGGGCAGUGUGGCUUGCUGGGAUAUUCAGGAUGGUGUCAUUACUGCAAGUCUUCGUGUCAUGUGUCAUCUCUACGAAUUCCAUAUGCCUGCAAACUGCUCUAAGAAUUGCAGUCCAUGAACAUCAUCCCUCGCCUCAAACUGGCUCGCUACAAUGAGUGAAGGAGCGAUUACAGCACAGAGGUGCGAUACAGUAUUAUUAACGACUGCAUAAAACAAUGUUCAAGCCAUUGAAAGAUCAUUUCAUUUUUGUUAAACAUCUUAUAUCUUAUCAGUAAGAUAUGUUUAUAUAUAAAAAGAAGUGCCUGCUUGAAUUGUUUUUUUUUUUGUAUGUUUUUUUUUUUUUUUUCAACUUGUUGGGAAUUCAUUGAUAAUUGGCAUUUCUUUUAAUUUAUGUAUGUUUGCUGUCCUAAAUAUGUAGAUUUAUUUGUUUCAGUUUACCUUCAGAAUAAUAAGGUUUGUCUUACAAUAAACUAAUAAAUUGUAAAUGUAAAUUAUGAAAAA